GAGCCUGACGCGGGGCUCGAACUCACGGACCGCGAGAUCGUGACCUGGCUGAAGUCGGACGCUUAACCGACUGCGCCCCCCAGGCGCCCCGAAAAAUUCUCUUUAGAAAAAAAAUGUCCAUCUUCUUAUGGAAGAAUCUCUUGGAUCAUUUUGGCUGAUGUUUGCUGGAAUGUCUCCAACUCUAUUUUGUCUUUGUUAAGGCUUUCAAGAGUACCUGAAUUCUUUCCUAAUUUGCAAACCAGAAGCAAAAUUAUUCAUUUCUUGUGAUUUUGGUAUUUUCUCUCAACAAAAUGCUCAAUGGAGCUUGGAGAAAUAAACUCUUAUUUGUAAACUUGCCAGAGGUGGUGAAUACAGAGCUUUUAUUAAUAAUGUCUACAGACUACUGCUGUCAUUGGGUCAAGGGCUCAGAACCAGCAGCUUCAUAGUUUUGGAGAUCUGAAUGAAGUGAAUUGGGUGGUAAAAGAUGCCUAGAUAAUUGGACAUAAUUGGGACUUAGGGAGACUCCUGCACUCCAGGAAAUUCUCCAAGUCUCCACUUAUCCUCAAAGUGAGCAAGAAGCUUCAGUUUCAAAUUGAGUGCAUUUUCCAUCCAUGGAUUGGCUUGUUUUGUUCAGUUUUACUUUGAGUGUUUGAGGUUAUCUUUUCGACGUAACAGCUAAACCCACGACUUCCUUUCUCGUAAAACCAAAACAAAAAGGCUUUCUAUUCAGGUGCCUCUUGUGUGUGCACAUGUAUAGUACAUACCUGGGAUCAAAGCCAACUAUAUAAAGUCCUUGAUUCUGUGUGGGUUCAAACACAUUUCAAAGCUUCAGGAUCCUGAAAGGUUUCACUCUGCUUCCUGAAGACCUGAACACUGCUCCCAUAAAGCCAUGGCUUGCUUUGGAUUCCGGAGGCAUGGGGCUCAGCUGGACCUGGCUUCUAGGACCUGGCCCUGCACUGCUCUGUUUUCUCUUCUCUUUAUCCCCGUCUUCUCCAAAGGGAUGCAUGUGGCCCAGCCUGCAGUGGUGCUGGCCAGCAGCCGAGGUGUCGCCAGCUUCGUGUGUGAAUAUGGGUCUUCAGGCAAUGCCGCCGAAGUCCGAGUGACUGUGCUGAGGCAGACUGGCAGCCAGAUGACUGAAGUCUGUGCUGCGACAUACACAGUGGAGAAUGAGUUGGCCUUCCUAGAUGAUUCCACCUGCACUGGCAUCUCCAGCGGAAACAAAGUGAACCUCACCAUCCAAGGGUUGAGGGCCAUGGACACGGGACUCUACAUCUGCAAGGUGGAGCUCAUGUACCCACCACCCUACUAUGCAGGCAUGGGCAAUGGAACCCAGAUUUAUGUCAUCGCUAAAGAAAAGAAGCCCUCUUACUACAGGGGUCUAUGUGAAAAUGCCCCCAACAGAGCCAGAAUGUGAAAAGCAAUUUCAGCCUUAUUUUAUUCCCAUCAAUUGACACACCGUUAUGAAGAAGGAAGAACACUGUCCAAUUUCUAAGAGCUGAGGCAAUUCUAACUUUUUGCUAUCCAGCUAUGUUGCUUAUUUGUGUAUUUUGGGGGGGGAUUCAUCUCUCUUUAAUAUAAAGCUGGAUGCAAAAUCCAGAUGAAGUGUACUACAAUUUGAAGCAAAGGUGCAGGAAAACAGAGCCAGGAUGUUUCUGUCACAUCAGAUCCAAUUUUAGUAAAAGCAUCACUCGGGAGCAAUAUAGGAAUGCAGUCUUACGUUGUAGGUGAAGGAUAUGGUUAGGGGGUGGUGCUGUCCAAAGAAUACAAAGGAAGAGAGUUAGGGAGAGGAUGAUAUUGUACACACUUUGUAUUUACACAUGAGAAGUUUAUAGCUGAAGUGAUGUUUUCAAGUUAAAGUUUUGUGCUGUUAUUUUUCUUAAAUGUGGAAUUACAUGAAGACUUUAAAAAUACUCACGUGGCUAUAUUUUAGCCAGUGAUUCCAAAGGUUGUAUUGUACCAAUAUGUAUUUUUUUUUAUUUGAUAGUAUUGUGCAUGGGGACCACAUGUGCUUUUGUGUAUUUGCUGAUGGUUUUAAUAUAAACACUAUAUGGCAGUGUCUUCCCACCAUGGGUUCAGGGGAAGUUUUAUGGAGGGGCUCAGGACACUAAUACACCAGGUAGAACACAAAGUCACUUGGUAACUGGCUUGGAAACUGGCUGAGGUCAUAACUGAUUCUUAUAGACACGUUGAGCUGAAUUGGUGUUGACAUGUGAUUUGGGCUUUUAUGUUAGCUCCUUUCAAAGGUUUGCAAGGGAGUCCAGACUGGUGUAUCUGAUGUAAUUCAAUAGAACACCAACCUCAAGAAAAUGGCUCACUCCAGGGGUCUUGUAGGUAUGAACUUCAAGGAAGCUCUAGUUUCACAAGGGCCCCAAUUCCUAACACAUGGUUCAUGCCAUGGACAGAAAAAAGCAGCCGGUGGCAGAACGGGGUGAUGAAAGUUUCUAAAAACUAACACUGUUGGUGUUUUUUAACUCAUUAUUUUCCAUGAAAAUGCAACAACAUGUAUAAUAUUUUUAAUUAAAUAAAAAUCUGUGGUGGUCAUUUUCCA